UAUGUCUAGACAGUUGCAGUGGCUUCCUAACUGAUCUCUAGUAUAAGGUCUUCACAAAGUUUAGGAAAAUGCUUAUGAUAAAAAACUAUGCAUGAAUACAUGGACUUCUUUUCUGUGCUUUUUAGGCCUAUAUAGAGAUAAGGUCUGUCAUCCAGACUAGAGUGUAAUAGCAUGAUUAUAGCUCACUGUAACCUCAGCCUGCCUCAGUCUCUCAAGUAGCAACUGGGACUUCAGGCAUGUGCCACUAGGCCCUGCUAAUUUCUUUUUGUGUGUGUAGACAUACAGGGUCUUGCUAUGUUGCCCAGGCUGGUCUUAAACUCCAGGCCUCAAAUUAGCCUCCUGCCUUGGCCUCCCAAGUAGCUGGUUAUUAUAGGUGUGAACCACCAUGCCAAGAUCAAAAGCAGAACUUUCAAUGAAAAUUUUAAGCAAGUGAGAUCAACAAGCAUUUCUUGUUGAAUUGUAAGAAUUAUAACAGUGGGUGAAACAUGGCUUUACCAAUAUGAUCCUGAAGAGAAAGCACAAUCAAAGCAAUAGGUAGAAGUUACCAAGAGGUAGAAGUGGUCCAAUUAAAGAAAAAAUGAAACUGUCAAGAGCAGAGGUCAUGGCAAUAGAUUUGGGAUGUUCAAUACAUCUUUUUUGUUGACUUUCUGGAGAGCCCCAGAAUGAUAACUUUUAAUGCUUAUCGUUAAUGCUUAACAAUAAUGCUUAUGAGAAUGUCUUGAGAAAGCCAAAGCUUUAGCAGAAAAGUGCCCAGGAAAGCUUCCUUAGAGAUUGCUGUACCACAUCAGUGCUCCUCUGCUCAUUUCUCAUCAAGCAAGGGCAAUGUUACAAGAGUUUUGACAGGAACUCAUUAGACAUACACCUUAUAGUCUUGAUUUGGCUCCUGACUCUUUAAAAAAAUCUUUAAAGGGCACCCAUUUUUUUCAACUAAUGUUAAAAAGACUGCAUUAACCUGGUUAAAUUCUUAGGGUCCUGUUCUUUAGGAAUGGACUAAAUGGCUGGUAUCAUUGCUUACAAGUCAAGAGACCUUGAUGGAGCUUAUGUUGAGAGAUGUGCUAUACUUAUGUUUCAAAGAGAAUUUGCUCUCCGACUAGUUGCAAAACCUGGAGAUAAGUUAUACUGCAGACUUUCAAUUAACACGCAGCUAUUAGCACGUGUAGACCACCUAAUGAAAGUUGGAAAGAAUAACUUUAGACCACCACCCAAGGUGGAAUCCAGUGUCGUAAGAAUAGAACCUAAGAAUCCACCACCACCCAUCAAUUUUCAGGAAUGGGAUGGCCUCGUAAGGAUCACCUUUGUCAGGAAAAACAAGACUCUUUCUGCUUCAUUUAAAUCAAGUGCAGUGCAACAGCUACUGGAAAAAAACUACAGAAUUCACUGUUCAAUCCAUAAUACCGUAAUACCAGAAGAUUUCAGCAUAGCAGAUAAAAUACAGCAAAUCCUAACCAGCACAGGAUUUAGUGACAAACGGGCCCGUUCCAUGGACAUAGAUGACUUCAUCAGGUUGCUACAUGGAUUUAAUGCAGAAGGUAUUCAUUUUUCCUAAGUGGAAAACAGAAUUUUUCAAGGUCAAGAAAUCAAUUACAUAUUUUCAAUAUUUGAGAAAAUGAACUUUGCCUAUGCUCUCUUGGAACAUUAU